GUGAACUCAUUGGCUCAGUGUUUCCUUCCCUCCCCUCUCUCCGUCCCUCGCAGGCUUCAAGCAGGGGUGUUGGGAAGGAAAGGAAGUUGUAACACUUGCUGUAUUUUUUCCCGCCCCCCCCAUCUUCCUUUCCCAAUCUCCUGCAUUUCCCUCCAUUCCUGUCUCCCCACCGGUUCCUGUCCCCCUUCUCGUCCUCCUCCUUCUCCUCACCCCCUCCCCCUUUUCUCCUUUGAAUUUGGCAAAGUGCUGCGUGUGUGAUGCUAGUCUUGACGGUGCUGCCGGGAUACUGAGAGGAGAGGAAGCGCCCGAGCUGAAAGCUUUGGAGGCAAGUGCAGAUUGAAUGUUGAAGAGAGUUUGUAAUAAGUGGGACUGAUGAGCCCACAGAAGGAAUGAAGUAUGGAUGUAAAGGAACGCAGACCUUAUUGCUCCUUGACAAAGAGCAGACGAGAAAAGGAACAACGACGUUACACAAAUUCUUCAGCCGACAAUGAGGAGUGCAGGGUGCCUACCCAGAAGUCUUACAGUUCCAGUGAAACUCUGAAAGCUUUUGAUCAUGAUUCCUCUCGGCUGCUCUAUGGGAACAGGGUAAAGGAUUUGGUUCACAGAGAAGCCGACGAGUAUACCAGGCAAGGACAGAAUUUUACCCUAAGGCAGUUAGGAGUUUGUGAACCAGCAACUCGAAGAGGACUGGCAUUUUGUGCGGAAAUGGGGCUCCCCCACAGAGGUUACUCUAUCAGUGCAGGGUCAGAUGCUGAUACAGAAAAUGAAGGAGUGAUGUCCCCAGAGCAUGCCAUGAGACUUUGGGGCAGGGGGGUCAAAUCAGGCCGAAGUUCCUGCUUGUCAAGCCGGUCCAACUCAGCCCUCACCCUCACUGAUACAGAGCAUGAAAACAAGUCGGACAGUGAGAAUGGUAAGUUUAGAUUUCUGUCUUUUAUUUUGGUUUGGUUUGAUUUUUAUGAUGGCACUCACUGAUUCUUUGAUUUGGUUCAUACUUGGGAUUUUUAAAAAAACAAGUCAAAUUGGAGAAAUGACUCAAAAAAAUGUAUCUAUUUGGGGAGAAUCAAUACUUACUAUCACUCGGCUAAAUUAUAUGAGCCUGAUGUUUAUGUUAUAUUUUUUGGAAAAAUAGUUUAAGCAGAUUUUAAAAAAUAAAUAAAUAAAAAAGGAAAAGAUUAGCUUUGACUUAUCUUAGACCAUGUUACCUGUUAUCCUCAGUGGAGGAAAGAAGCAAGGGUGAUAAAGUUUAUCCUCCAGACCAGCUUGCAAUCAAAGAUGUCUUUGUAAAUUCUUCUUGAAGACAUCUCAAAGAAGUUGCAGAAUCUUAGAAUGGAUGAGUGAGCACAUAGAAUAGUUUAUUAACAGGACUCUAGUGAUUGAAGAACAAAUCUGAUUGUGCUUUAAACUUACCAGUUGAUGAGAGCAAUUGAAAUCUUGGUAAAGAGGGGAGUGUGGCCUUUGAUGUGCUUUAGAGACUGGAUUACUAUGCAAUUAAAAUUUACCCCCUCCCCUAAUAGGCUUUCUGAAAUCGAAAUAGCAGCUUGGCACAUUGUAAAGACAAACGGUUUUUAUUCAUUGUUAGGACUUUAUUCUGUUGCUGGUAGGAAAAGAUGUAACAAAGAUCAAAAUUUAUUUUAAUAUGAUUUUUAAGUGCCCUUGAUUUCUAAUAAUCAUAGCUUCAUUUAUUUAUGUGGAAAGAAUAUGGAGAAUUGCGCUCUAAGGUACCACAUGACAGAAGACACAUUUCUCCUAAGUAUUUAAUAUAAACCAUGAACUUGAGGGCCAGUGUAAUUAUUAAUGCUUUGUAUAUAUGAUGCAUUAAAACUCAGAGAGAAAAAAAGGAUAAAAAGGGGAUUGUAUGAAUGUGAACAGGGAAAAGGACUGUUUUUACUUAUGGCUUUUAGUUUUGAUUUUUUUUUUU